AUGAGACAGAAAGCUUGGACCUUAACUACUAUAAUGAUAAUAAAAAUCGCACUCGAAGAAUGCAACAUUCAGGGAGAAGUGAUGGGUCAGGGAGAUAACCAAAUUAUUCACAUUCGAUUAAACCUUGAACAACAAGGCCAACCCCAUUUUUAUAUUAAACUCUUACUCAACAGCCUCGAUUAUCUCUUCCGCUCUGCUGGACUCCUACUCAAGCUUCAAGAAACAUGGUAUUCUCAGGACUUGUUUGAAUAUUCUAAAGUUAGGUAUUACAAGUCGCUCAGAAUAGAUGAUAGUCUUAAACGAUUAAAUAGAAUGAUACCGGACAUUAACGAAGGGUUUCCAUCCUUACAAUCUCUUAUUACUGGAGUUUCUACUACUACGGAGAACAUGUCAAGAAAUUAUGUAUCACCAGUAAUUCCUUUCUUUCUAUACUCUUUAGAAUUAGGGAAUACACUCAAACGGAAAGAAGUCAUUGAUCUAACAACUAGAGAUACAAACAGAUUAUGUGCAUUGAUGAAUAUCCCCUCAAUAUUAGGAGGGUUACCUUUAUCAAAUAUGUACCAGCAUUGUCAGAGAGGUUGUCCUGACCCAUUAACCAUCUGGCUUAAAAUCUUAGGAGUGGUAAGGAAAAAUAGCCCUCAAAUCCACAACUGUAUCCUACAUCUCAUUCCUUGUCAAACAAAGACAGAAUAUGACCCAGUAAAAAUUGUAGAAGACAUAUAUAGCCUCAACAUCGUAGGGAUGCCUAAUUUUGAACGAAAGGCUCGAGAACUGAUCGAAGAGUUUUUACCAACCUACGUAACAAAUCCAAAAGUAAUUCGACUUCUAGGAGCGGAUAGAUCUGAUCUAGAGUCUUUAUGUGGGAUUCUUACUACAAUGAGACCAUACGUUGCAAAUCUAGCUCAUGAGAUCCUGAGGAAUUCGAAUGAAGGUGUGCAACUACAGUUAAUCGGGAGCUUCUCCAAUCUUCAAACAAUUAAUCGAAUGAUCAAUGAAGAUCCGACCCGAUCAGAGACUAUAUUCUCUUUGGGAAAGUGUAAAGAUGCAGAGGCGGUCGAUGUUUUGAAAAGAAGAUUAAUAAGAGCCGAACUUCCAGUACCAGGAACACAUUUACUUGAAAGAGCUCUCUCAUCAAUCCCAUGCACCUUCAAGGCAGCACACUGGCUUAGAGAAAAUACUUGGGGAUUUCCUAUAACAGGAAUAACUAGCCCAGUUCCAUGUGAGCAGGUCAAGAUCAAGGAUUACGACACUAUGGAGAAAGAUCAGAAGAAGGAUUGUAUUAUAGCUAAGACCUCCUACAAGCUAAAAACACAAAAGAAAUCUGCUCUGAGUUCUAGAGGGCCUUUUGAACCAUAUCUAGGAUCAUCAACUCCAGAAAAGAUGUUCAAAAGAGAGGAGUCCUUAGAGUUCCUCAAUGUGGAAGUUCAACUGUACAUGAGUGGUAUAAAAAGAUUCCGUUCGGCCUUACUCACGGCGUAG